UAACAGCACGAGGUUGAAAACGUAAGGGGGAUUUCUCCUAUGGCGCUCUCUAGCAGAAGCUCUUGUUUAAAUAUACGACAAUCAUUCUGCUCUGUUCAGUCGGCGCUACAGGUGCACAGUGCCCCGAGAGGAGGGGGUGGUCCCACGGAAGGUGGGAGGUUGUACUGCUGGCGCGCAACAGGUCCGCCUCACUGUCUCACACUCAACAGAUGUGCGGAGUCUGCCGGCUCUGCGCGCUGCUUGUUGCGCUCACUCGCCUCAACACCAUCACCACCACCGCUGCUGCUGCAGCGAGCGUGGAUGCCGAUGCAGCCGCCAGCAGCCUCCGCCUCAAGGCAGCCCUGUGACCGUUGGGCCAGAUGAACCCCCGCCGCCCCGGCUCCUCCUCGGCCUCCUCUGGCAUACAAUGGCUUAACAGAAGAGACAUGAGCGUCCGCAACGGGGACGGCGUCACGCUGUGCCAGAGGGCUCUGCAGAUUGUGACGGACCUUUGCCUCACCGGACAUGUGGACCGGGAGAAAUGUUCGGAUAUUUUCCCCCUGGAGAGCAGCAGCAUACCAGGUAAAGGACACGCAGACAUCUCCAUCAGCCUUUUGGCCGUGGUGGUGGGCUUCUGUGGCCUUGCCUUGCUGGUGGUAUCUCUCUUUGUCUUUUGGAAGCUGUGCUGGCCUCUCUGGAGGAGAAAGGCAGUGACAGUUCACGGGGGAAACGUCGGGCUUCACGUCGCCUUUCCCGAAGCGCCUCCGAUUAACUCGCCACCCUUGCCGGAAAAAGCGGUGCCACUGGAAGAAAAAAAGAAGUACUCGCCCGAGGUGAAGUUAAACAAUCGGAACUCCAUCAAGCUCCUGGAGGCGGCCAUGAAGAUCAGCCAGACAUCGCCGGACAUCCCGGCCGAGGUGCAGACCACCCUCAGAGAGAAGCUAAGCCAUCAGGCCAAGAUUCAGAGGCAAACCACUGAGCCGACGUCGUCCUCCAGGCACAAUUCCUUCCGGCGCCACCUGCCACGCCAAAUGAACGUCAACAGCUUUGACUUCAGCAUGGACGCAAUGCCUUUCCGACAGUCCUCCACGGCGAGCAUCGGAAGAAUCAAACCGGAACUCUACAAGCAGAAGUCUGUGGACUCGGAGGGCGAGCCCAGAGAACCCGUUGAGAUUUGCGGAAAGCUCAGCUUCUCGCUGCGUUACGACUACGAGGAGCAGGCACUGGUGGUGACGAUCCUAAAAGGCUUGGACCUCCCAGCUAAAGACUUCACAGGAACCUCGGACCCCUACGUGAAGAUCUACCUGCUCCCAGAGAGGAAGAAGAAGUUCCAGACACGAGUCCACCGCAAGAACCUGAACCCGACGUUCGAUGAGACCUUCCGCUUCCCCGUGGUGUAUGACGAGCUCUGCGACCGCAAGCUGCACCUGAGCGUCUACGACUUUGACCGCUUCACCAGCCACGACAUGAUCGGCGAGGUGGUGGUGGACAACCUCUUUGAGCUCUCUGACCUUUCUCGUGAGGCAGUGGUGUGGAAGGACAUCCACGCUGCAACCACGGAGACCGUUGACUUGGGAGAGAUCAUGUACUCGCUGUGCUACCUCCCCACAGCGGGGAGGAUGACUCUGACGGUCAUCAAAUGCCGAAAUCUCAAAGCCAUGGACAUCACAGGCUCUUCAGAUCCAUACGUCAAAGUCCACCUGAUCUGUGAUGGACGCAGGCUGAAGAAACGGAAAACCACGACCAAGAAGAGCACUCUGAACCCGGUGUACAACGAGGCCAUCAUCUUUGACAUCCCCCCGGAAAAUGUGGAACAAGUCAGCCUCUCCAUCAUGGUGAUGGAUUACGAUCGGGUUGGACACAACGAGGUGAUCGGUGUCUGUCGCGCCGGGCCGGACGCCGAAGGCCUCGGACGGGAUCACUGGAAUGAAAUGUUGGCUUACCCUCGAAAACCCAUCACCCACUGGCAUGCCCUAGGAGAGUGGCCUGGAAGAGAGGCGAGCUUCGAGAGUCAAGCUUCAUGUCCGUCACCCAAACCUCCACAGACGCCGUGACAUCGUGCCAAUAAGAAUAGAUGAAGUUGAGUGCAGGUUGCAUGCACCUGAAUCCACCACGCGACACCAUUUCUAUCAACUUUCUGGCUUUCACUUUAACAAAACCUAAUUCGACGAUCCUGUCCUGAUAUUCCAGACAUUUUUCACACCCUAACAUUUUACUCUGAAAUGGCACAAGGUGUAAGGGCUACUUGGCUCUGUGCCAUACAGGCAUUCACUGAGUAAAAAAAAAAAUAUAUCCUGAAUGCACCAGGGCUGGCUUCAUCUCUCAGUCAUAACACAACCAGAUCACACCAAUAGAUCGAGAGAAUGUAGCAGAUACAUGUAGCAGACAAAGAGUAUGUACAAAUAAAUGAAAGAAUAUUCUAUUGACUCCCCCCAUGUGAUUACUCCUGCCUGUAGUGAGUUGAUUAUUCAGUCUACAAUCAGGGUCAACGUAAAAAGUGAAGUGAUUGUUCCGUGCUUUGGUUUUACAUUCAACUGAAUAACUCGACAGCCUUACAUACGAACUAGUACAUAAUAGAUAUAUAUGUACCGUACAGUGAGUUUUCAAUGGAUGUUUUUAAUGUGGAUGAGAUUUAAUGUGUCUGUGAUUCAGAAAUAGGAAUCGUAUGUCAUCAGUCUAACAUCUAAAAACAAACAAAAAAAAAAAAAACAGUUGGUGGAUCAAUAUGAUACAACAAAAACCCACCAAUGUGCUAGCUUCCUCGCGCUACAAGUACAUCGAUUCUUUCACUUCGUUCUUUACAGACGAGAGGUUAUUCACUUGCAGAAAAGAGAGAGCCUAAAAAGCCAACAUUUGGGCAUUUAAUGUACAGUAAAUUUUAUAAGUUGAAAUUGGGAAAAACAUUGAAGAUGUACUUAUAUUUUUUAUACAAAGCCAUGCAAGUGUUUGAUGCAUCUCUAACAACUCCGUGUGUUGUCAGUAAUAAUAAUAAUUACAAAAACAAACAAAAACCCAAGGCUGUGUACUGUUAUCCUGUUAGCACAAGCACACUGUACAAUGAUGCUUUCUGCCCUCAAAGUCAAUGUUUCAUUUUGAGCAUGCCUCUCAUGUCUUUCUUUGGGAAAAUCAAAGUUAUAUGUCGUGUUUACACGUAAGGAAAAAAA